AUGGAAUGGCUCGAUCACUGGUACUCGGGAGGCUUACGAGAAGCCUGUGCCACCGACAAUUACAAGUACGGCCUCGUAGCCUUCGUCAACCAGUUCGGCGGCAACCAAGACCUCGCCGGCCAUUGUGAUCCCAACACCAACGACAGCACUUUCCUAAGCAACGACAUCAUCUUGUGCCAGAGGGAUUACAACGUCAAGGUGAUGCUCUCCCUGGGCGGCGCCAUCGGCAAGUACCGCCUGGUGUCCAAGGAGGAAGCCAGGGAGGUCGCCCACUACAUCUGGAACAAUUUCUUGGUCGGCUCUUCCUCCAACCGGCCCCUUGGGAACGCUGUGUUGGAUGAAGUAGACUUCGACAUCGAGGGAGGGAGCAGAGACCACUGGGACGACCUUCCUCGCUGCUUGAAGGCCUACAGCACGCCGGAGCGGAAAGUUUACCUGAGCGCGACUCCACAGUGCCCCAUGCCCGACUAUUUCCUUCAACCUGCGAUCGACACCGGCCUCUUCGACUACCUGUGGGUGCAAUUCUACAACAACUACUGCCGGUACUCCGGCAACGUUGCCACCUUUGAACAGAUAUGGAACCGAUGGACUUCCAUGAACGUAAGCAAGGUGUUCCUCGGAGUCCCUGCUUCUCAUCAGGCAGCUGGAGGUGGCUUCGUUAGACCCGCCGAGCUCAUUACUCAAGUUCUUCCCAUCGUGAAGAGGUCAGAAAAGUAUGGAGGAAUUAUGCUGUGGAAUAGAUACCACAACGUUCUCUACGGCUACAGUUCCGAGGUUAAGAACUAUGUGUGCUCGGAUCGUCUGUCCUCCAGCUUGUCUAUGCUAGUGAGGCCUUUCAUGGUGGUAUGA